CUUUAAGUCUUCGUGUCAGAGGAAAAGGAGAAUGAAAUGAAAACACUGACACUUGUUCCACAGAUUCAAUCUAUCCAACGGGUCUGAGUGAAGAUGAGGAGGAUGAAGGUCCAUCACAUGUUUCUGCUGGUGUUUGUUCUGCACAUGACCUUUGACCUUUCAGCUCAAAGCCCCUCCCCCUCCACAACCAACACGACAACCCUGCCCACUUCACCACCCAACCCCGCAGACCUCAGAUACACCACCCGUCCCUCUGAUGUAGUGGCGGCGGUCGGAGAAUCCGUCGUGUUCCGAUGUGGUGUUCCCAAAACCUCCUCAGGCCUGAGCUUCACCCUCUACGGAUCCCAUCGGAACUACACCCUGAGGUGUCCUGGUGACCAUGUGGAGGACAUCCCACAGGCUCUGGAUGGAAGCUGUGAGAUCAAAGGUCCAGAGCUAUUGGCCGUUUGGACGCUGAAGGGGGCAUCGUUCUCUGAUAACAGGACCAGGGUCAUGUGUCAUCAGUCAGCCAAUCCUGACGCUCCGUCAGCUCAUCUCGUGGUUUACGAUGAUGGCUCGUCCUACUCUGUCCUGAUUGGCUGCACCAUCGGGGGUUUCUUUGGCGUCCUGUUGGUGUUUGGUCUGUGGUUCAUGGCGCUGCAGAGAUCGGAGACCCUGCGCACGUGUUUCGGAGGAAAAGAAACUGAAGAGGAUUUAAGCUCCAUCGUAACCAAGGAAAGUCAAGUCAAGUGAAGUCGAGGAGGACUUAUGUCCACCUACAUCCACCUAUGUCCAUCUACAUCCAUAUACGUCCACCUACGUCCACCCACCCAAGUUGGUGAACUGUCUGUCUCUCUGUCUGUCUGUCUGUCCCCCCCCCCCGAUCUGGUCAUCCAGCUGUAGACUCUGUUUGCUCAUUUGUGAUCCAUGUAUUUUUUUUUUUUUUUUAAUUUUGUGUUACAUGUUUUGUUUUUUUUUAUUUUAUGAUCCAUGAAUUUUUUAAAUUUUGUGAUCCAUGUUUUUUUUUGUUUUUUUUUAAUGUUGUGAUCCAUGUAUUUUUUUUAUUGUAUUUGUGAUCCAUGUAAAUAUAGUAAAUAAAAACUGAUGGCCUUC